AUGGCAUCCUUGCUAACAAUUCGGACCACCUUGCCUUUGAUCAUGACUCUGCUGGCUCUUCUGGCCCCAGGGGCUGCAGCUGACUUCAACAUCUCCAGCCUCUCCGGUCUGUUGUCCCCCGCGCUAACAGAGAGCCUGCUAGUUGCCUUGCCCCCCUGUCACCUGACAGGGGGCAAUGCCACACUGAUGGUCCGGAGAGCCAAUGACAGCAAAGUGGUGAAAUGCAGCUUUGUGGUGCCUCCAUGCCGUGGGCGCAGGGAACUGGUGAGUGUGGUGGACAGUGGGGCUGGCUUCUCCGUCACACGGCUCAAUGCAUACCAGGUGACAAACCUCUCGCCAGGAACCAAAUACUACCUUUCCUACCUAGUGAUGAAGGGAACAUCCACUGAGUCCAGUAAAGAGAUCCCAGUGUUCACACUUGCGCGAAAGAAAAAGGAAUCCAUUGGGCUGGGAAUGGCUCGGACAGGAGGCAUGGUGGUCAUCACAGUGCUGCUCUCCGUCGCCAUGUUCCUGCUGGUUCUGAACUUCAUCAUUGCCCUGGCACUGGGUGCCCGAAAGUGAGGGGGCACAGGCUCCUCCAGGAAGUCCAGGGCACACCUGUCUCCCAGUCCAGGGCUUAGCCUUCAGCACCUGUCCCCUCUCCUGAGGGCUCCCAGGCCUCAGUCAACUCAGUCAACCAACUUUGGCUCCUCUAUGCUUCUUCC